CGCUCACGCAACGCAAUCUGCAAAAGCAACGGAAUUUCAAGCCAAUUUAGUUCUUUCGUGGAAUUAAGCGAAUGCGGUUGAUUAUAGUAAAGUGAAGAAAACGCGUUCAUUUUCCCAUCAAAUAAAAUUUUGGUCACAAAAGUGAAGCAACAAUUAGUGGGGCAGAAUUGUGCACAAAUUCAAGCCGCAUAAUCAUAAUUAAGUGUUUCAUAUUCGUAGUGAAGUGCGUGUUUUUCAUGUGCAUAAGUUUAUUAACUGUAAAUGAAAAGCAAAGUUGUUUAAGUGAAAGGGGAACUGUAUAAAUUGAUUUUUGCUUUUCCCCACCAGUCUUUGAUCGUGUGAAAAAGUGUAGUGUAUCAGUGUGUGUGUUUGUGUGGUUUGCGCGAGAAUUUCUUUGCACGACAAUUAAUAUAAUUAUUUGUAUCUCAAUUGGUGCUUAUUCCAUUUACUAAAUCGGCUAAAUUGAGUUUGAUUACGAUUUAGUAACUCUUCCCACGUCAUUUUGCUUAUCUUCACCGUUGGCCAGUCAACAGUCAAAUAUGGAUUCUGUAAGUGCAAACCUCGAGGAGUUGCAGCAAAACGAAAUCACCGCUAUUCCACAGUAUGGGCUCAAGUUGAAGUUUGAUCAUGUUUGGCCGGAGAAACGCAAUCAAAAUUUACGACCGUCGAUAAGGCAAACGCUGCCACUGGUGCCGCUUGUAUACAGGUACUCCACCUACUAUUGGAAGGUCUCUCGCGAAAAUCGUCGCUGCUACAUGGACUACUAUUACACGGAGAACGGUAAACAAAUUUAUGGUGUGCCCUUGGGCGGCAUUGGCGGCGGCACCAUAGGGCGUGGCUUUGCCGGCGAAUUUUGUCGCUUUCAGAUGCGUCCCGGCAUGUAUGAGUACAAUGUGGUGCAGGCGAAUCAAUUCAUAGUGACAAUCAAAGACGCCAAGAAUUGCACAAUAUUUCAAAGUUUGCUCUCGAAGCUCAGUCCCACUGACAGCAGUGACAGUGACUCUCAAUGUAAUAUGCCCAAUUGCAGCAGUCGCUCCAAGCAGCCACUAAAUGCCUGGCACUCGAAUAUCGACGACUCGAAAUGCUCAUAUACGGGUCUGUAUCCGCGCGCCUGGACCGACUAUGAUCUGACUGCGUACGGCGUGCGACUGAUUUGUCGUCAAAUAUCGCCCGUCAUACCGCACGACUACAAGGACUCAUGCCUACCUUGCGCCGUCUUCGUGUGGUCUGUGGAGAAUGUUUGCGCGGAGGAGCGUAAGGUCUCCAUAACGUUCACCUUCAAGAAUGGCACUGGCACAAAGAAGCAGGACGCCGAGGGCGGCGCUGAGGCGAUACUCAUCACAGAGGGCAAUGUGAAGGGUGUCGGCAUACGACAGAAGAUCGCUGGCAUGCCAUGCGCCUACAAUUUGGGUUGUCGUGUUUUGCCCGAAAUCAGUAUUACACGCUGCACGCAGUUCGAUCCGUACGGCACGGGAGAGCAACUAUGGUCCGAGCUGAAGGAGAACGGACAGCUAAGCGAAAAGCAUUGCGAUGAGGUGUUGAAAACUAAGGAUCUCGGUGUUGCUUUAUGCGCACAGGUUGCUGUCAAACCAAAUUCUAGUCAUGAUUUGGAAUUCGUAUUGGCCUGGGAUAUGCCACACAUACAUUUUCCCAAGAAACUAAAAUCGUAUACACGUUACUAUACCAAAUACUUCGAUGCGUCCGGCGAGGCUGGUCCUAAGAUAUGCGAGUAUGCAUUGAAGCACUAUGGCAGCUGGGAGAAAUUGAUUGAUGCCUGGCAGCGUCCCAUACUCAACGAUGAUGGGCUACCCGAUUGGUAUAAGAGCGCGAUCUUCAACCAGCUCUACUUCAUUUCGGAUGGCGGCACAAUUUGGUUGACUUGUAAUUCCUCGUUCGGCAAGGAGUUGAACUAUGAUGAUCCCAGAUUAGCUUACGGUCGCUUUGGUUACUUGGAGGGUCACGAAUAUCGCAUGUACAAUACCUACGACGUACAUUUUUAUGCCUCAUCAGCGCUCUCGCACCUCUGGCCCAAUCUACAGGUUAGUCUACAGUAUGAUAUACGCGAUGCCAUUGAUGUGGACUUGCCCGAUACGCGUAAAAUGCUUUAUGAUGGUAAGAUUCUGCCGCGUCACAUUAAGAAUUGUGUGCCACAUGAUCUCGGCGAUCCCGAUGAGGAGCCAUUCACGCUCAUCAAUUGCUACAAUAUACAUGAUGUGAAUCAUUGGAAGGAUUUGAAUACGAAAUUCGUGCUGCAAGUCUAUCGGGACUAUUAUGUACUCAAUGAGUUAGCACAGGCGCAAGCGGAUAACGCGAGUAAAUUCAGUUCGAUUGAGUUUAUAGAUAAGGAUAGUUUGUAUGAAAUGUAUACGCAGGAUAAUAAGCGUAAGAAUUCGGCGGAUGAGAAGCAGCAAAAUCGCAAAUCGGCUUCUUUAUAUAUCAAUGAAACUAACGGCAAAGUGUAUCUAAUGGACGCCAUGGCUUACUUGAAGGCAAUGUAUCCCGCAUGCAAAGCGAUCAUGGAGCGCACCAUCGAAUAUGACCAAGACAAUGAUGGUCUCAUUGAGAAUAUGAAAAUGCCAGAUCAAACAUACGACACGUGGGUUAUGGAUGGACCUAGCGCCUAUUGUGCGGGCUUGUGGCUUGCGGCCUUGCAAACCAUGUCCGUAAUGGCCACGCUGCUGGAUCAGCCGAACGACUGCUUACGCUAUCAGGACAUUUUGGAGCGUGGCAAGCACUCAUUGGAGGAGAAACUGUGGAAUGGCAACUUCUAUCGCUUCGAUCUGCAUCACAAGGACACACUAAUGGCUGAUCAAUUGUGUGGGCAUUGGUAUCUGAAAACGUGCGGUUUCGAUUAUGAGAUUUAUCCGAAGGAAAAUGUACGCAAGGCCUUAAAGCAAGUCUACCAACAUAAUGUUAUGGGUUUCAAGGGCGGCAGUAUGGGCGCUGUUAACGGUUUCAUUGUUAAUGCGGAUCCUGACAAGCCGGGACACGUGGACUAUACGACCCUGCAGAGUGAAGAAGUGUGGCCCGGUGUAACAUUUGCUCUGGCAGCCACUAUGAUACAGGAGGGCAUGUUUGAGGAGGGCUUCCAAACUGCCGGCGGCCUCUACAAGACACUCAGCGAGCGUAUUGGCAUGAAUUUCGAGACGCCCGAAGCAUUAUACACCGAAAAGCAUUACCGUUCCAUCGGCUAUAUGCGACCGCUAAGCAUUUGGUCCAUGCAAGUGGCCUGGGAGCGACGAAAAGCGCUGCGCGAUUAAGCAAAUUCACAAAAAUGUUGCAGAAAUGCAUGCAAAGUUGAAGCAAACAUUAAGUUGGUUUUUAAUUUGAAAACAUGUACAUACAUAUGUAUAUGUGUAGAACAGUUAUACAUAUAUACAUAUAGUAUAUAACAAUACUCUCUGCAAGACGUUGCAUUGAAAACGCCAGAAAGUUAUCGUUUUGUCGCAAAAAUUUCGUUUAAUUAUUAAUUAAUUAAUUUUAAUAAUGAAAUUUAGCUAUGAAGCAAAAGUACAAGUUGUUAAGCUUGCUGUAAUGUGUUUUCAUGAAAUUGAGAGCAUAACUUUUUAA